AUGGACUUCCCACAGGAUGACCUCAAAUGGUUCGGCGAAGGCUUUGACGGCUUCCCAAAGAAGCUUCCCGACGAUGUCGUCGAAUACAUCAUUUUCAUCAUCGACUCUAAGCUCUCCGACAUCCAAACACGAGAGCGUCUACAAACUUUCCAGCGCGCUCUCAGCACCUUGGAAAAGAAGUUUCUCAAAGAAUACAUCUGGCAACGCGACUCCAUCAAUCUCGAGCUAGUUCGAGAAGAACAGAGAUGGUUACUCCGAGGACGCACGAACUACGGCGAUAGCGUGGCGGACGAGUGGCUCAUUGUCUACUUCUUACAAGAGCUGAGUAAAGAGUUCAAGGACGCGUGGAUACGAAUAUAUGAUAGCGAUGGCGAAUUUCUACUCAUUGAAGCUGCGAAUGCCCUGCCGAAUUGGUUGAACCCUGAAGUUUCUAAGAACAGGGUCUGGAUAAGCAAUCAUCGUUUACUUGUCAUACCGCUGGGUAAAGAUGAAGAGCCAGCCCCACUGAAACGGUCGCAGGCAUUGCAGAUCAUAGAGGCAACGCCAGCAAGGCCACAGCAUUAUCCGAAGGUGGAGAAGGAGGCGUUUCAUCGUUUGAACGGGUAUCCAGCUGCUAUCUCGGAGAAUCAGCAUCACGCCACGCUUCCUUUGCCGAGAAAGGUUGCGCAUAUCUUGCAUAUUAGUCCACCGUAUAUCGCUGCGAUUGUGGAGGCUUUCUAUCUUCGCGACCCCAUUUCGGUCCGCCUCUUGCAGCCAGAACAGUCCAAAACACCCUUGACUUUCCCACCGGAAGAUUUCGUUGACGUAAGUGUCCGCUUUACGAAAGUCCUCUAUGCACAACUCCUUGGCCAACAAUGGUCUCCGCCGGGAUCGUGGGACUCCGCGCUCGAAACUCUUACCAAAUCUGGGAAACCAUCGGAGAAAGCGGAGAUGGGCAUUAAAAUGUCUGCAGGCAUACAAAUGCUCAUCUCCCACUCUCUCUACGCCUCUCGCAAGCCAACUCGUGAGAUUGCUCUCCUACUUGAAGAUUUAGAAAACGGUGACGACACACUCCCCACAGACGCCGAAAUAGACAGCUGGCCAAAGCGAAGCGACGAUGAAGGGUGGCUGAAUAUUGACUUCUCUGAGUUCGAGAAGGAGUUGGAUGGGAAAGGGGGCGGGAAGGAGGCAUUUGGCGACAAAACUGCACAGGAAAAUCUCAGAAAGAUGGUUGAACGCUUUAACUCGUUCCUCGCAGACGAUGAAACAGGCAUCGAAGGCGCUGAUGGCGGACUAGAUCCCAUGGACAAAGACAAUGACUCCGAUGCCGCGGAACGUGGUUGGGAUGAUCCUGAGGAGACGGACGCAGAGUUCGCCGAAUACGAAGCUGCCUACUCGAAGUUCAUAACGCUCUCCGCUGCCGAGAAAGCUCUUUUAACUGAUGAGGCGCGCGAAUUAGCCCUCGCACAAGACGCCGAGAAAGAAGAAGACGAUGAGAUUCAGAAGUUGACAGAUAUGAUGGAGGCCGAACUCUUCAGCCACGGAGCGCUGAAUGUCAACCCUAAGCAUAGUCGAGAAUCCGGGCAAGGUCUACUUGGUAAUGAUAAGGGGAAGGGGAAGGCUAAGCUUGAAGAGAUAGACGAGGAGGGUGAGGAGACCGACGACGACGACAUACUAGAUGAGGACUACAACCUCGCAGACAACAUGCUGAAAGCCUUCAAAAACCAGGCUGGUAUGGCAGGUCCAGCAGGUAACAUGAUGAAGCUCAUGGGUGUACAAUUCCCUCAGGAUAAAGACGAUGAAGUCAAGAGCGGUACUAGCGUAGGGGAGGGAAAGAGCACGUAA